GUGGGACGGUUGACACAGAUAUUUCAAUUGACACUUAUCGUAAACAUAAAACAUCGCGAUUUUACUUUUAGUUUUACUAUUGUUUCCUUUUAGUUUAUUUGUUGUCGAGUUAAAGUGAUUUUUAAGUAAAAUGCCGCAGCAGACUCCUGAUUUUGGCCACGACGUGACUUCCAUCAGGGAAUGGCUGACCAAGGAGCCACAUCUGCCCCAAGACUUCAGUGACCUGAUGAUCAGAAAAUUCCUACACAGCUGCUACGGCAGUCUGGAGCGCACCAAGAAAUGCAUCGACCGCUUCUGCACCACGCGGGGAGUCAUGAGCGAGAUAUACACCGAUAGGGACCCCUGCUCUAACAAGCUGAAGACCGCCUUCGAUAUCACGACCGUGGCAACAUUGAUGGCGGGUGACCAGGAGAUACUCAUCCACCAGCUGGACGACCCGACGCUGGAGCAUUUCGUGUUUUACGACCUCCUCAAGGCGUUCUCACUGCAGGCAGACUAUUGGCUGAACGACCUUGAGAAUUAUCCAGAAGGACACGUCAUCAUCAUGGACAUUAAGGACUACAGCCUCAGAAUGCUGCCCAAAUGUAACAUAAUGUUCUUUAGGGAUUUCCUACUUUUUUUACUGGAAGCCAUGCCAGUCCGAGUGAAGUCCGUGAACGUGAUCAACUACCCGUCGUACUACGAGAAACUUUUCGCACUAGUCAAGCCCGUCCUGCCAGCGUACAUCAUUGAUGUGAUCAAGUUCCAUCCGGACCAGAGCAGUCUGCACAAGAGCGUCCGCAAGCAAUACCUGCCGUCAGAGUACGGCGGCGAGGCGGGCAGCAUGCGGGCACAGCACUGCGACUUUGUUAAGAAGAUACAAGACAAAAGAGAUUUUUACAAGAAUGAGAAUCUCUGGAAGGCUGACCUGAAGAAGAAACCGAAAGGAAUUGAGAGCGCCAUGACUGGAUCUUUCAAGACACUGUCUAUUGACUAGGCUUCAUUUUUUGGUGCAUAUUAGAGUCCUACCUAUGUUUGAGAAACAGCAUCAUGUGGCCCAAAGGCCAACUGCAGAGAAAUCUUUAAAAAACCUAACUAUAAUAUUAUAACGGACGAUGUUUUUUUCUACGGCUCAAAAGAAAUCCUGGAACAUAAAUUAAAUGGUAAUUAUUAUGAAGAGUCCUUUUUAGACUCAGGGCUAAUUAGUUAGUUCAUUUGUCCUAAAAAUAUUUAGAAUGAGCAUUACGAAGAUGUAAUAAAUAAAUAACUAAGUAGUGAUUCGGUGUUGUAUGUAUUACAUAUUUGAGCUUACAAAAGGAUUUCCUUGAAAAAUAUUUAUAUUAUAUAUAACUGUUGUUUUUUGUGAGUCAAUUCAUGGCCGUAAUCUGGGAGCCUAUAGUCAAGAUGACAAUCGUACAAACACCAAAUUGGUACCAAUAUUUGGCGACUGUAUCCAACCAAAACGUAAUUAUAUUUCUGGUACACCUGUGUGUGAAAUUCGGCUUUUUAGGUUUUGAUUAAUAACUGACAUGCCAUAAGGUAGGUGGGGUAACACUAACAUAGUUUAUUUUCCUUGGGGCAAGACAAACAGUAUGAGGAUUCCAUACAAGUGAUAGUCUUACCCCACCUAUCUUUAGAUAGUGACUUAUCUCAGGCGAUUGGUAAAUAAAUAAUUAAAUUGCGGCAUUUGCACGAUGAUUUUAUAGCCGAUGGUAGUUUUGGGACCAAAACUAGUCCUCCUGACGACUGGGUAUCGACAUUUGCUAGUACGAGUAUGUACUUAUAAAUUAAACUCUGUCAAGUUGACAAUAAAACAAAACUUGAUUGGGACCUAUGUACUAUUGUGUAGGACGCCGGUCGUUUAGUAAAACGGGAGAUUUAGGUAUAGUUAUUAGAUUCCUUUUUUAGUUUAAAUAGCAAAGUUGUUUCGAAUGUAUGCAACUCUCUUGAAAAGAUGAGGUUGAGGUUACUGCAACUGGUUGUGAAUUUAAUUUUAACUAAGUAUAAGGAAACAUCAGAACUUAACCGUGUGCAUCUCUGUAUUAAAUCUUUACGAUGUCUUGUUUAGUAAUAGUGAAGUAUAUUUAUUUUAUUUUGCAGUAAUUCGUAGAGCAGAUUCACUUCUAAAACAUUUAUUGAUUAGUUUUUCAAAAGAAAUAAACUGUUUAUUUUUUUUUUACUUCUAGAAAACGGUUACUUAUUAGAUCUUAUGGACCAACUAAAGUAAUUGAUUAAAGAAGAGCACAUUGUUACCAUAAUUUAGAUUAAGCGUCUCAAUUCUCAGAAAAAACUUUUUUCUGAAAAUUGAAAAGCCGCGCUUAGCAGAAAAAUGUCAAUUACCUAGGUAUCUGUAUUGCAAAUUACUAGAUAGAUUAACUAUCAUAGUUUCCACUGAAAUAAACGAGAAUAAACUUGUGCGCUGU